UAAGUUAUCUUCAUAAAACUCCGGAAAUCGAAAACGUAAAUGAGUAAAUAAAUAUUUACUAAUUUUUUUUUUACUCAUAAUCUAAAUUUUCGGAAUUUUUUAAAAACCACAAUAGUUGCGCUUAAACAAAGAAGAACGAUAAAUCCUCCAACUUGUUGACAUUCUUCUUACUUGGUUUUCAAGAGAAAAAAGAAAAAAAAAUAAAAACAAGAGUAUGCAAAAUAAUAACCAAACUGUGCAGCAGCAACCUAAUUAUUUAAAGGUUUUCAUUCAAAGGGAUUAUAGUGAUGGCACAUCAGUAAAAUUUCAAAAUCGCUUUCCCCAAGAGCUAGAAAAUCGGAUCGACAGACAUUUAUUUGAAGCGACAAUUAAUCGAUUAAACGAGUAUUUUGCUGAAGCCGAAAGUGGAUCAUGUAGCACAUAUUGUGAAGGAUGUCUUGCAUGUAUAACUGCAUACUUGGUUUAUAUUUGUGCAGAAACACAUUAUGAAAAGUGCUUACACAAGAUUUCAAAAUUUAUUGCAUUACAAAAUGAACGAGUAUAUAACCCUUUAGGGUUGCAAAUUGUUGAUCCCAUACAUCGUGGUUUAAGGGUUAUUGAAAUAUCCGUUCUAGAGCGGCCGCAAAACUCGUGACAAGAAUCCUGAUUACCUAUUUCACGUUCCACAGAAGAAUUUUUCAUGUAAAUCAUAGUUUGAGUCUAAAAAACUUAAAAAAAAAAUAAUAAAUUAUUUCUGAAGAAAAUUGUUUGGUAGGAAAUAAAUAUGUAUUCAUUUUAUUAAAUAUUCAAUAAAUUUUAUUUA